UUGAAUGAAAAGUUUAGAGAGAGAUAUCCUUACAUUCAACUUACUUUGACCAAAUUGAGAAGUUUAAAAAGAGAACUUCUCAAUAUUGCUCAUACAAAGUGUGGUGUUGAUUUAUGGACCAUUGCUCAAGCAUAUGUUUUCUUUGAGAAAAUUAUAUUGAAGCAUCUGAUUAAUAAAAGUAAUCGUAAAUUUUGUGCUGCAGCCUGUAUGUUUUUGUCAGCUAAAAUGAAUGAUGUGAAGGGUCAGGAGUUUGAUAAACUUUUGGAGACUUUGGAAGAUGAUUUUCGGCUCCAUAGAAAAGAAAUGAUAUCGUUUGAGUUUGCAGUAUUGGUAGCGUUGGAAUUUGCUUUAUUAACCCCAGACAACGAAAUAUUCCCCCAUUAUCAAAGAUUACAUGAUAAGUUAUAG